AUUCUUACAUUCAACUUAAUAAACACAUUUGCAGUCAAACUAAACGAUGGCGCUGCGCAUGUGGACAACAUACCUGCACAUUCUGGUGGCAUUGCAGCUGAUCUACUCUGCGCAUGCCGCGAAUUUGUCGCAACUGGUCAAGAAGCAGUCGCAACAGCCGCCGCAGCAGCUGCAACAACCGGCAACUCACAAUACAGCAACGGGGCAGCAGCACUAUGUGCAUGAGUCGGAGCUCCCAGUUGAGCUGCAGGAUAUAAAGAGUGAGGAGGAGGAUGAUUCGUAUCAAAUGCUGCACGAGCUUAAGCAGGAUUCCCGAAUGCCAGUCCCAGACACCAACUAUGUAUGGAAUCCAUACAUAGCAGCAGCCGCCGCCGCCGCCAACAGUGCAUCCAUUAAUCCGUUCGAAAGUAUGACGCCACCGACGCCUGCUAUGCCCAUGCCCAAGAUGCUGCCAUUUAUUGGGUACGCCCAGCCGGUGCUAAUACCGUUUCCACUUUAUAUAGCGCCCGACAUGUUCUAUCCCACCUAUCCGGGCGCCAGCAGUGAGCUGGAUGAUGUGGUCACGUCACGCGCAGCCGGCGCACGGCGUCCAACGUCGUCGCAUGCAUCUCGCAACUCGCCCAUCUUCUAUGUCCGUCUGCCGCCCACGCCGUACAUGUUUUUGCCCACCAAUUUGGCGCCCGCAUCGUUUGGCAACAAUUUCUCACCGCUGCUGACAUAUCAGCCAAUGCCCACAUUCUCCACCUUUGGAUCGGUCUUCAAUUUGCCCGUUAAUUUUAUGGCCAAUGGCAAACCAUCGGGCAUUUAUCAAAUUAAUGGUGCUCCCAACGAUCUUGCGCCAUUUACCGCUGCUGGUUACGGCAGUGGUUUCAAUGUGCGCCCACCCACGCCCACCAAUCCCUAUAGACCAAUGACAUCGCCGCCGCCGGCAGCUGUGCCAUCUGGCUUUGGCCAUGGCCAUCAGAACUUUGGGCUUGCCUCGAUGCCAGCACCGCAGAAGGACUCCAAACUGAUGUCGCUCCAGCGUCCGUUUGUGUUCAAUGGUCGCCCGGAGGAUAUCUACAUACUGCCCAAUAAUCUAAAUUCUCUCUACAAUUACAAUGAGCAAAAUUACUAUUAGUUGGACUAAUUGCGACAUUGGGGCGUGGCAGAAACUAAAAGUAUUACUAAAUGCAUUUAACUGUUUCAACUAUUAUCAAUAUUAAAUACUAUAAUUAAAUACUAUAAUUAAAUAGUUAUUUUAUACAAUGAGGAAAAUAAACAAC